CAUGUGGUGCUGGACUGUGUGAAGUAAACCAAAGACAGGAAUGAGAUAAUGCAAGUGAUACUGACUGAGUUAGGAAAUAAUAGGAAUGAAAGAGUGGAGAAGACAGGAAAGGAGUGGAUGGUGUUGCUGGGACUGGGUAGAGAGGCGAAUGAAAGGAUGAUUGAGGUGGUGAGAGUUUCUGGGGAGAAUGUGGCGUGCCAGAUAUAAGAACAAUUAGUGUAGAGGAUGUUGUUCGUUUCUCUUUUUUCCCCUUCUACAGGAGUUGCCGAUCCAAAGGCCUGGCUUACGAGUGAUUCCGAGCCACCUGCACCAGUAAGAUCAAGAUCAAUCAUAAACAAAACAAACGCCGCUACAGCACAAGACACGCGCUGGGGUCUACUGUUAGGCUAUCAUGAGCCACAACUCUUGGUGGCCUGUGACGCGCGCCACCUGCCAUGCCUUAGCACACCACCCCACAUGCUCUUAGUGGCCUGAAAAAGAGCUAUCACGAAGAUGGCAGAGCGUGGAGAGAAGAGUUCAUCCUCCAAAAAGACUGGGCUGGUCUCCUUCCUCACAGGGAAACCCAUCGAGAUCCCUGAGAAACACCUGUUUGGAAAAUGCAGAUUUGUUGGAGAAUUUGAAAAACUCAAUCGCAUUGGAGAAGGAACUUAUGGUGUUGUCUAUCGAGCUCGGGACACAAAGUCCAAUGAGAUUGUGGCCCUCAAGAAGAUGCGGAUGGAGAAGGAGAAGGAUGGGAUGCCAAUAUCUGGAUUGCGAGAAAUUAUGCUGCUUCAGGCAUGCAAUCACCCCAACAUUGUGUGUCUGAAGGAGGUGGUGGUGGGACGGAGUCUUGAAAGCAUCUUCCUAGUGAUGGAGUAUUGUGAACAGGACUUGGCCAGCCUCCUUGACAACAUGCAGAAGCCAUUCCUAGAGACUCAUGUCAAGUGCAUCAUGAUGCAGGUCUUCAAGGGACUUGCUUAUCUACACAAGAAGGAAAUCGUGCACCGAGACGUCAAAGUGUCAAACCUCCUCCUCACUAACAUGGGAACCAUCAAGAUUGCGGACUUUGGCUUGGCACGGGAGUUGGGCCACCCGAUGUCCCCCAUGACACCACAGGUGGUGACUCUGUGGUACCGCGCUCCAGAGCUGCUCUUCCAGACAAAGACACAAACCUCAGGGGUAGACAUGUGGGCUGCCGGCUGCAUCCUUGGGGAGCUGCUCCUCCACAAGCCACUCCUGCCUGGCAAGUCUGAGAUUGACCAGAUCAACCUCAUCAUUGACCUCCUGGGAAUUAUAGGAACAGGUACUCCCAAUGAUAACAUCUGGCCAGAGUUCUCACAGCUGCCGGCCAUUGAGAACUUCACUCUCAAGUCUCAGCCGUACAACAACCUCAAGACUCGCUUCCCUGGCCUCUCCCCCUCUGGCCAGCGCCUCCUCAAUUUUCUCUUCAUGUACGACCCCAAGUGUCGUGCCACUGCCGCCGAGUGCCUUGAGAGCUCAUACUUCAAGGAGCAUCCCCUGCCCUGCGACCCAAGGAUGAUGCCAACCUUCCCGCAGCACCGCAACCUCAAGCAGUCACAGGGGCAGGCGCAGGGGACCGUGGCAGCAAGCGUUUCAGCUCCUGGACUGUCCCAGAUGUUCUCCGGGGCAGCAACUAACCUCUACCCUCAGGACCGAGUGUUGGCAGACCCAACGGCAACCUCCUCUAAGCUGGGCAUCAAUGAACUAUUUGGUUCUCUCGCACGGAGAUAGCGUGCUUUUGCAGUUGUGACCAUCCCCUGUCUCCUUCUCCUCUCCCUCUUCCCUCCUCUUCCCUCUUUUCCCAUUGUGUCAUUGGUUUCCUAGAGUGAAGUUAUUACCAUCCUCUCUCUUUUCCCUCUUCCUUGCUCUUUCCUCUUUUCCUGGUACCCUAUUGUGUCUUUGGUUCUCUAGAAAGGGGAAGUUUUGUAAUUAUGAUGCUCUUUCCUUUCCCUCUCCCACUUUUCCCUGCUCUCUCUUUCCCCAUAUUCUUUCUGGGAGAUCUUUAUCACCCCACACUUAUUUCCUUUCCCUCUUUAUUUCCCUUAUCAAUUCACACUCCUUCCUUUAUCCAUUCUGGGAGUCCCCUUCUAUGUCACACGCUUCUCUUCUUUUCGUCAUCCACUUUUUACGGUGUUUUUUCGUUGCUUUCUUUUUGUCAAGUCCUUAGUUGUACCCUUGCCACUCCAUUCUCCUCCACUUGCCAUCCCUUACCUUCUUGCUCCCUUCCUCUGUACAUCCACUUGAGACUCUUGCAUCUCAGUCACUCAUUUCCUCCCUUUCCCCUCUCUUUUAUUGGCUCCCUACUGCAAAAGACUAGCUCUCCUUUUCCUUCCUUUUGACUCUACAGUUUUUCUUCCCCAAAACUCUACAGCUCUCUUACUCCCUCCUUUUGUUUUAAUCUUCCUUUUCUCCUUCCUUUGACACUAUCUUUCCCUCUCAUCAAUCCAGCUCCCUUCCUAUUUCACCCCCCUAAAGGGAGAUACUCAGAUAUAUGCACACUAGUGGUUGUAGACAUCAUAAGGAGUGCUGGACCUUAUUGGGAAUUACAAAGACUUUCUGUGGUGUGUCUAGACAGUUACCACAUGAGGCACUAUUACUAUUGCAACUACAUAUGUCUUCAUCUUGGUGUUGACUGUGAAUUUAUGGUUAAUAUUUAGGUAUGUGAAUAAAAUAGUUGGUAUGUAUUAUUCUCUCUAUAAGCACUGAGAUAUGUGAAUAUGAAAAAACUUUGUGGGUGUUUCUGUUAUUAUGUUUGACACCUUUUGGUAAAAAGAAAGCAAAAAACUGAUUAAAAGAAUAUAUUAUAUUCAAGGAAAAA